AUGUUUAAGGCGAUUUCAACCACAGCUAGACUUUCGAAGUCUCAAAUAUCGCGGUCUCUUCCUGCCUUUUCUACAGGCAGUUCUCGCUAUGCGUCGAAAGACCCAUCUAGCCGUAAGGAGGCGCCUAAAAUUGACACUGAAACCGUCAUAGCUUUACCAGAAGAAGCUAAAGAGAAACAAGUUUACGAUUCACAAAUUUGUGUCCCUACCAAGGUUGACCUGUCACCAAUAACUGGUGUGCCAGAGGAGCACAUUAGACAGCGCAGAGUUCGUAUCUACCAACCACCCAAGAAUGCAAUGCAGAGCGGCACUAACAACAUACAUCAUUGGGAAAUGGAAUUUGACACUAGACAGCGCUGGGAAAACCCUCUCAUGGGCUGGACUUCUACUGGAGACCCCCUAUCAAACCUAAAACUCCAGUUUGCUUCACCCAAUGAAGCAAUUGAACAUUGCGAAAAAAAUGGUUGGGUGUGGUACUUAGAUUGUCCUAAGACCGAAAAAGCUUACAAACCCAAGAGCUACGGUAUCAACUUUUCAUGGAAUCGCCGUACAAGAGUCUCAACCAAGUAG